AUGCUCCGCGUCCAGAAACUGGCCGCCUCGGCCGGAACCUCGACUUUCCUCCGGACCCUGCCGCGGGUUUCCCUCACGAUACUGCUUCUUUCCGUCAUCUAUCAGUAUUUCGGUUAUGGUCAACAUGAUCCCUUCAACUGCAAUGCCCUCCUUUACAGAGGCACAUGGCGCUCCAGGGUUGGCUCCGAUCUACCUCAAGAUGUCUUUUCCAAGUGGGAGCCCGACGGCUGCAGGAUGCGCGUCAUGUCCCGAGAUGAUAUCUCGAGCUGCUUUAGAGAUCGUCACCUGGUCGUCGUUGGCGACUCGACGAUGCGUCAGAUCUACUUCGCUGCCAUGACACGCCUCGACCAUCACAUCGCCGAGAAAGCCAUCCUCGACUUUGCCGUGUCUGCUGACAAGCACCAGAGUCUAUCAAAGGAGGUUGACGGCGUCAAACUUGAGUUUAUCUGGGACCCGUGGCUCAACUCUACUGGCCUUCUCAGCCAAUUGGUUCGAUUCCGGGAACGUCCCGGUUCCGUCGAUUAUGAGAGGCUCGUUCGACAAGAAGGGAGGGACUCGCCCGCCCUGAUCGUCAUUGGCACCCCGGGUCUGUGGGCGGCCCGCCAGGGCGGUGGUCGGUACUUGGAGCUCUUCAGAGAAGGCAUCAACGUCCUUAUGCCGUACCUGCAAAAUAGCAUCGACGAGUUGAUGGUCUUGCCCGAGAGCAAGUCGCCGUCAGCCUUCGACGAACUGUCCAAUCAUGUGCUUGUCGUACCCGUGCCUAUCCCAGCCUACGACAAGCUCACCUCGUCCCGCGCGCGAACCAUGACGCCAGAGAGGAUCGACGCUAUGAAUUGGAACCUAGAGCAUUUGGAACAGUCUGAGCAAUCGCACAUUGUUUGGAGUAACCAUGCCAUGAUGGAGGGUUACGACAGCGCCGUGCUCGAAGACGGUAUUCACGCCGUCGACAUCGUCGCCGAGAGGAAGCUCGACGUCGUUCUCAAUGCCCACUGCAAUGCCGGGUUGAUCAGACGAGGAUACGCCAACCAGAUCACCUGCUGCGUGCCAUAUCCCUCUCCUGGACGGGUGCAGCUUCUACUCCUUUGUCUCAACAUAAUGACUCUGCCUAUUCUAUUCCUGAGCCGGCAGCAGGGUGCGUUCCCGUCGUCUCGAACAUCACGCGUCAUGGACAUUCUUACGGCGGUAGCCACGUUGCUCGUUGUUGCAGUAUACUGCCUUGUCGCCGACCGGACUCACGUCUUUGCGAAACAGGAUAAACAAUUUGACGUGCCCGACUUCAUCGCACCCUUGAUCGGUCUCGCCGUGCUUGCUGCGCUAUCUCUCCGCUCUAGAGCACCCGUCCUGACAUCAACGAGGGGUCUCACAACGACAUCGUUCCUGUCUCGUGAGCAGGCGGAUGAAUGGAGAGGCUGGAUGCUGGUGUUCGUUUUGGUGUACAAUUAUCACGCAGCAUCCGAGUCCUUGGCGAUGUAUAAGGUACACAAGUUUCUCGUCGCAACCUUCAUCUUCCUGUUCGUCUAUGGUCACACGAUGUACUUCCUUCGGACCGAGGACUACUCGCUGCGCAGAGUUGCGUAUGUGUUGUGUCGACUCAAUCUGCUCACCUGCCUCCUGGCCUUCACAAUGUCCAGCGAAUGGAUUAUCUACACUGCGCCGCUAAUGACUUUCUGGUUCGGUGUCACCUAUGCAUCCUUGGCAUGCUGCAAAAAGGCGAACAGCAACCCUGUGGCCUUUUUUCUAAAAAUUGUAGCCUUUGCCACUUGUACCGUCUAUCUGGUGGAAAGCACGCGCGCCCCGGAGUGGCUCAUGUCAAUGCUCAAAGCAACUUGCGGUAUCUACUGGGACUUGAGCAUUCUUCGCGGGCACUUUGAAACGGAUCGCUUCAUCCCGUGGUUUGGCAUACUCACAGCUGCAGCCACACAUCGGGUCUCGGUCCUCAGGCGUCGUCAACACGGCAUCAACGCCCAGGCGUCGUUCGAAAAAACCAACAACGCGCUCGACCAUGCACUGUUGGAGAUCGUCUAUCCCGAGCGAGACGCGAUACCGGUGAAGCCGAUAAUGAUCCUCUUCUCCUUUGCCUACCUGGUUAUUUUCAUUAUACUCGCCUUCGUUGCCGAGGUCUACCGUAACAACAGCUCGUACAACGCUUACCAUCCAUACACCAGCCCAUGGUUUGUGCUUUCAGCCAUCAUCGCAAGGAACUCUUUCCGAUCUCUGCGCGAGCUUCACGUCCCGCUUGCGGCAGUCCUGGGACAGAUGUCUCUGGAGCUUUACGUUUUGCACCAUCACGUUUGGCUUGCAAGUGAUGGAGCGGGAGUCUUGAGGAUCGGAAACCGAAGCCAUAUCCCCAGAGGAGUGGAGGUAAUGGUCAUUGCCGUCGUCUUCCUCUGGGCUUCGUCCAAGUGCCACAGGUCCACGCUGGUCAUCGUCUCCGGACUGAUUGGCACGCGGAAGAAGGAGCCGACCAAAGAUGGCUCUCUGGGUAGGACACUGCCGGUAGUUAAGGACGAUAGGAGGAGUCCUCUUUCCUGGCAGAAUGAAGCGGCGGCGGAGAAGGUAGUAGAGGGAGGCAAUGCAGACAUCUCAUCCGUUUCGCCCGGCACCUUGCGACUAAGGAUGGCGGGCUUGCUGGCUGUGCUGUGGUUCGGAAACAUGCUUUGCAGCGGUUGA